CACUUCGCCCCACCUUCCUGAAGGUCGAGGAACGCUUUCCCAACAUGCUCUGCAGAGAAGUCAAAGAUGGCGGCCGUAGCUGCUGUUCGCUGGUUGCGGCUCCGCAGCAGGCUUGGCCAGCCGCUGACGGGUCGGCGGGCGCGUCUGUGUGAACAGGCACGCAGCUGCAGAUUUUAUUCUGGUAGUGCAACCCUCUCAAAGGUUGAAGGAACUGAUAUAACAGGGAUUGAAGAAGUAGUAAUUCCAAAAAAGAAAACUUGGGAUAAAGUAGCCGUUCUUCAGGCACUUGCAUCCACAGUAAACAGGGAUACCACAGCUGUGCCUUAUGUGUUUCAAGAUGAUCCUUACCUUAUACCAGCAUCCUCUUUGGAAUCUCGUUCAUUUUCACUGGCAAAGAAAUCUGGGGAGAAUGUGGCCAAGUUUAUUAUUAAUUCAUACCCCAAAUAUUUUCAGAAGGACAUAGCUGAACCUCAUAUACCGUGUUUAAUGCCUGAGUACUUUGAACCUCAGAUCAAAGACGUAAGUGAAGCCGCCCUGAAGGAACGAAUCGAGCUCAGAAAAGUCAAAGCCUCUGUGGACAUGUUUGAUCAGCUUUUGCAAGCAGGAACCACUGUGUCUCUUGAAACAACAAAUAGUCUCUUGGAUUUAUUGUGUUACUAUGGUGACCAGGAGCCCUCAACUGAUUAUCAUUUUCAACAAACUGAACAGUCAGAAGCAUUGGAAGAGGAAAAUGAUGAGACAUCUAGGAGGAAAGCUGGUCGUCAGUUUGGAGUUACAUGGCAAGCAAAAAACAACGCUGAGAGAAUCUUUUCUCUAAUGCCAGAGAAAAAUGCCCAUUCCUACUGCACAAUGAUCCGAGGAAUGGUGAAGCACCGAGCUUGUGAGCAGGCAUUAAACUUGUACACUGAGUUACUAAACAACAGACUCCGUGCUGAUGUAUACACAUUUAAUGCAAUGAUUGAAGCAACAGUAUUCGUGAUAAAUGAGAAAUUUGAGGAAAAAUGGAGUAAAAUACUGGAGCUGCUAAGACACAUGGUUGCACAGAAGGUGAAACCAAAUCUGCAGACUUUUAAUACCAUUCUGAAAUGUCUCCGAAGAUUUCAUGUGCUUGCAAGAUCGCCGGCCUUACAGAUUUUACGUGAAAUGAAAGCCAUUGGAAUAGAACCCUCGCUGGCAACAUAUCACCAUAUUAUUCAGCUGUUUGAUCAACGUGGAAACCCUUCAAAGAAAUCAUCCUUCAUCAUUUAUGAUAUAAUGAAUGAAUUAAUGGGAAAGAGAUUUUCUCCAAAGGACCCGGAUGAUGAUAAGUUUUUUCAGUCAGCCAUGAGCAUAUGCUCAUCUCUCAGAGAUCUAGAACUUGCCUACCAAAUACAUGGCCUUUUAAAUACCGGAGACAACUGGAAAUUCAUUGGACUUGAACAUCAUCGUAAUUUCUAUUAUUCCAAGUUCUUCGAUUUGAUUUGUCUAAUGGAACAAAUCGAUGUCACCUUGAAGUGGUAUGAGGACCUGAUACCUUCAGUUUACUUUCCCCACUCCCAAACAUUGAUACAUCUUCUCCAAGCAUUGGAUGUGGCCAAUCGGCUAGAAGUGAUUCCUAAAAUUUGGAAAGAUAGUAAAGAAUAUGGUCAUGCUUUCCGCAGCGAGCUGAGAGAAGAGAUCCUGAUGCUCAUGGCAAGGGACAAGCACCCACCAGAGCUUCAGGUGGCAUUUGCUGACUGUGCUGCUGAUAUCAAAUCUGCGUAUGAAAGCCAACCCAUCAGACAGACUGCUCAGGAUUGGCCAGCCACCUCUCUCAACUGUAUAGCUAUCCUCUUUUUAAGGGCUGGGAGAACUCAGGAAGCCUGCUUAAAAUGUGGGCUGUGUACUUAGACUUCUGGAAGCUGGCAUUUACGCACAUUAACUAAACUUGGCCUUGACCACAACCCAUCCUUGGUUGGUGCCACUGUGUUCUGGUUAUGUUUUUAUCAGCACUUCAUUCACAUACUAAUUUUUAGUGUUUGUGAAUGGGAACCUUAUGCAUAUUCAUGUUUCCAAAAAUGAGCAAAAGGAUCUUUUGUAGAGGUAGUGACAGGUGGUUUUCCUGUAUUUUGUUUUGUAUAUAAAUGUGUGUUCUGAGAGUCAUAAGUGGGGGGUGCUUGUGCAUGGCUCCUUGUACAAGAAAGUAACUUUAUUUGAACAUCUGAUUGCUAGUCAACUAUCUCCAGGAAAAGAUGAUGAAGGCUUGUUUUUGAGGUGUGGCUCACACACGUCUCUCUAGCAACUAUACUGCUAGUGACAGAGACGUAUGACAUUUGCAUUUGGUUGUUAGCGCAGGCAGUUUGGCACACACUUGAUACGACCAGGCUGUGAUGAUUGGCGCAGGGGUACGGACCUCAGCUGAGUCAUGGGAGCUGAAUGUAUGUGUUUCUCCUUUGUCCUGCGUGUGGCAGGCUGAUGGGGAGCACUUACAUGAGACUGUUGCCUCAAUCUGAGCCUGCACUUCAUAACAGAAUUCUAAGACAGACUGAACCCCUGCCGUACUUUAAGAGAGGGAGACAGCAUGGUUCUGUUCUAUGCCUCUUUUCCAGCUGUGCACAGGAUGGAUUCCCUCCUUAGAAGGACAGUGGUGAUCCCUUUUCCAAAAUGCUUGAGACCAAAAGUGUAUGGGGUUUUAGAUUUUGGAGCAUUUUUGGAUUAGGAAUAUUCAACCUAUACCAGCAAAUCUCGACAUUGGCAGCAUAUCAGAUUUACCUGUGAAAAUUGCAGUGUAGAUUCGUUUGGGGAGUUUAAGCACCUGCGGUGAUUGUCAUGUACACACAGGGCUGGGAGCUAGUAGAGCCCACAGAUGUGUGUCUUUGGGAGCUUACAGUAUAGUUAAGAAAAGGGCAUUUAGUCUCUGAUUUCAGAGGGAAGACAGCUAUAGUAUCUGAUUGCCUUGUUUUUCUAAUAGUAUUCAUAAUCUUCUUCCUUUCUU